AUGGUGGCCAGAAAAACUCAAGAAACUAAAAAUACCAAAAAUAAAUCUGAGAAUAAAAAUGAGCCACUAGAGAAACGCUUAUCCAUUUUUUCACCCCAAUCCACGAAAAUAGGGGAACAAAAUAACCUUCUAGAUGAAACAUCUAAGAGUGUGGAUCAAGAGAGAGCAGAAAAGGCUGCUGUAGCAACUGAACUCCAACAGGUGACGGUAGAUCUACUUAACAGCGCUCUAGAAACACAAUUUAUAAAGAUCAAAAAUGAAAUUCAACGCUUCACAGAAGAGUUUAAAAAUGAUCUAAAUAACAUCAAUGGAAAAGUGAAUGAAAAUUCUGAAAAAAUGAAAAAAAUGGAACUUGGUUCAACACAGAUGCAAAAUGAUAUUAAUAUACUAAAAACCAAGAUUGUACAAAUGGAACAGAAACAUGCAGAUUUAGAAUAA